AUGGAUCUCAAUAUGGAAUCUGCUUAUGAGCCUUACUCUCACCAAGGACGCUUCCAUGAAGCAGAGCACCGUUCUGGUGACAAGUUGUUUGCCGCCAUCUCAGAUCAGCAGCUACUUCUUAAGCGAAAGAAGGCCGACCAGGGAACCCAACGAACUAUCGAGGGACUUCGACUCGUUUUGAGAGUUACCGAACUACUUCUUGACUUGAGCACAUUGGCAUUGAUGCUCCAUGCUGCUAUCGUGUGGUGGACAACGCGCAACAAGAUUGUCGACAAUGGGUCUGGUUGGAGAGUUAUUCAAUGGCUUCACACGGAUAUGAGGCCGACAUGGACCAUGAUGGGCGUCGCGGUCGGCACUACUUUGGCCCAUGUGGUAUCUCUCAUCACACAGUGUAGGAAGUUCCGUUCCAUGCGCGAAGGCGCGUGGCGUACGCGAGCAGUCUACGCCAGAUCGACAUUCAUCACGGCUGCUUGGUCUGCUGCGCUGGCCUACUUCAAGAUGUCCAACGAAAAUGCCAAAAAGACGCGCCAUUGGGACCUCUGGUCUUGGACUUGCAAUGUCCGAGAUGAGCAGGGCGAGAUUCCCUGGAACUCGUUGUGCACCGAGAUGAACUAUUGCUUCAUUGCCUGUCUGGUGGCUGUACCGAUGGAGGUUAUUGGGCUCAUCAUCUUCAUCCUUUCUCACCAGAGUUCCAAGCGUCGGGGCAAGUAUGGAGUGCUCAAGGGCUAA